AUGUCAGAUACGUGGGACGAGGAUGAAGCCGAGCGCGGCAGUCCGGACAGACCAAGACAAAAUUUGCAGGCAGAGGAGAAAACUAGUCCCAACAAUGGGCAGGAGAGUAAAAGGAGCAGUACAGGAAGUACAGGUCUAAAGAUAGCAUCCCAGGGAGUCCCCUCAAAGCGGGCUACUCUCGACGAAUCGUUCAAUAGAAGCUCCGACUCCUUCAAUCAGUGGAGCUCGGACGCAUCGGCUCGUCCGAACAGCAAAGAUCGAAGACUGGAAUACUUUCGCAAAGGCACCAAUACCGACUGUGAAGUGCAUGUUCUGAGCACCUGUGUUGAAAACGAAGACAUCGUGGGCAAUGUCUGCUACAAAAAGUUCGCCUGCCACCGAAUCUUCCUGGCCACAGCUUCCGACAAACUGGAGCAGGACGUGUACCGAAACAAGCAGUGGAACGGUGUGCUCCAGAUCAAUGGGGUGUCUCCCGAAAGCGUCGAGAUCUUCCUGGAGUUCAUAUACACAUUCCAGGUGAGCCCAGCGAUGGUCCAACUGGGCCUGGUCGGCGACAUCUUCAUUCUCUCCUGCGCCUACAACAUUCCGGAGCUGCUGCGCACCUAUUCGAGUCGGCUAAAGGACACCGAGUGGCCGAUCGACGGCAUUUUUCCCACCUUCGAUCUAGCAUUCCGCCACAACAUCAUUGACUUGGAGCAUGUAUGCAUGGGGAAAAUCAUUGAGCAUGCGGAUGAACUGACCAAGGAGCCCGGCUUGAUGAAACUUCAGGUUUAUGCAUUGAAUUUCGUGAUCCAGCACUGGAUAUUGACCGACGUUGUGGCCCAAAGGGAUCUUGUGCAUCUGCUUCAGGAGUACCAGGAGAUGAACGAAAUUACUUUUUCCAACAGCCAGAAGUUCCCGCACUUUACCAAGAUCAUCAAAUACUUCCCCAAUGUGCUCUUGGAUUCCGAGGGGUACAUUAAAAAGUUUUAAAACACAAGCAGUGCACCAGAUGUUCAUCUAUCUCAAUGGUUUUUUAUUUAUCCCAAUAAAUAACUCCUUAAGCUCGGCA